AAAUGCAGGCUUUUGUUUUACAAAAAAACACUACUGCUUAUGAGCAUUUGCUGAAAGAAAAUCAGUGUUUAACUAUUCGCAAUCCUUCUCUUGGAGAAAACCGGCAGAAAGUGAAAUACGUUCAUAGUUCGUUCAAGAUAAAUCUAAAUGAGACCACCAUUGUCGAGGAAUCUGCCGAACCUGUUGGUGCUGAAUGGGGAUUUGAUUUUUCUCCAUUUGAGUCUGUUGUUGAAGACCCUGAUGAUGACGGCAAGUCAUUCAAAUGCCCUAUUGACGUUAUCGGUUUUGUGGUUAAGUGUCUUCCGUCAGAGGAUAAAACUGAAAAUAAUAACGGGAAAGAUGAGAAGAAGGCUACAUUUAUUCUGGAGGAUUUGCGACACCAGCAGAUUUACGUUACUCUAUGGGGGGUUUAUGCUGAUCAGAUUAUUGAAUUUCAAAGAAAACAUAAGGAUUAAAUGAAUGUUGUUGUCGUUGUUCAGUUUGGCAAGUACCGGUUUUGGGGAGGAAAUUUGUUUGUAUCCAAUUUGUAUACUGUAACUCGAGUGUUCAUAAACACUGAAAUUCCCGAGAUUUUGGAAUUUAAGAGAAGUUUCCUUGCUCAGCUUAAUACGUCAACCUCUUCCGGUUACUCUGGUUUGAGUUCCCCUGUUAUGAAGUCAAUGGCUGAGGAGUAUCUUUCUGAUAUUUCCUUUAGUACAAUUGGAGCACUAAGCGGAAUAUCAGAAGAAAAGUUUGUUAUUAUACUGGGAACAAUUAAAAGCUUUGCUUCAGAACACUCAUGGUUUUACAAUGCAUGUAAAACUUGCAACAAAAAGGUUAUUACCAACACUAUUUGCAAGGCCAAGGAAGAUGGUAGCGAAGGAUAUGAUGAAGUAACUGUCUUGGAAUGCCAAAAUGAUCGUUGCAAUAAAAGGACUGUUGUCUCUGUUCCCAGGUGA